UAGAUCUCCCCAGCUUUAGUUUAGCUGGCUUGUAGAGCGUGCACAAGCAGCUAAGAAACAUUGUCACAGUGUUCACAAGCCACUGUGCAGAAUACACAGUAUCUUCAGUCUGUGCAUUCUAUAACAAGAGGGAACAGCUGAAGACAAGAGUUAUAACUGAAAACAUGCAUUUCUCUGAAAGUGCAGGCAGUCCAGGGAAAGAAGCCACUUUUGCUAACAGUAGCAGUAGGAUACAGAAUGGAGUAACAUCUCCCACGUUCUACCCCUCGGAUCUUCUCAAUGCAAGCCAUGAUCCUACCCGCAGCAACAGCUCUGAUCUCCUCAACAGAAACGAAGAGUUGGCCAAGAUUGAAGUAGCUGUGCUAGCCAUUAUCUUUGUGGCUGCUGUCCUGGGCAACUGCAGUGUCUUGAUGGGUCUCUACAAGUCAAAGAAGAAGAUGUCCAGGAUGCACCUAUUCAUCAAGCACCUAAGUUUGGCGGACUUAGUGGUGGCUUUCUUUCAGGUUCUUCCUCAGCUCUGCUGGGAGGUCACCUACCGUUUUCACGGUCCGGACUUUUUGUGCCGCAUUGUGAAGCACCUACAGGUUUUUGGGAUGUUUGCCUCAGCUUACAUGCUAGUGGUGAUGACCAUUGACCGCUACAUAGCUAUUUGCCACCCUCUGAAGACCCUCCAGCAGCCCACCAAGAGGUCCUACGUGAUGAUAACCACUUCUUGGCUCUUGAGUUUUUUCCUCAGCACGGCUCAAUACUUUAUCUUCUCCCUCCAAGAGGUGGAAGUUGGAUCACAGGUAUAUGACUGCUGGGGAGACUUCGUCAAGCCUUGGGGUCUCAGAGCAUAUAUUACCUGGAUCACCAUAGGUAUCUUCAUAUUGCCAGUCAUCAUCCUGGUGACCUGCUAUGGAUUUAUCUGCUACAACAUCUGGAGCAACAUCAAGUGCAAGACCAAGAAAGAGGAGAGGGAAGGGAGAAGGAGUAAUGGUCUCCUCUCCACCUCAGUGAGUAGUGUGAGAACUAUCUCCAGGGCCAAGAUCAGGACUGUAAAGAUGACCUUUGUCAUUGUGACAGCCUAUAUCAUUUGCUGGGCACCUUACUUCGCCAUCCAAAUGUGGUCUGUUUGGGACGAGCACUCAGAAUGGAUAGAGUCUGAAAACACUGCCAUAACCGUGUCUGCUCUGCUGGGAAGCCUGAAUAGCUGCUGCAAUCCUUGGAUAUACAUGUUUUUCAGCGGACAUCUCCUGCAAGAUUUUAUCAAUGGCUUUCUCUGCUGCAGGAAACUGAAACAGACAUUGGGCAAGGAGGAUUCCGAUAGCAGCACUCGAAGACAAACAUCGUUCUCUAGGAUUCAGACGAAAAGCCCAACUAACAGCAUAGACACCUUUAGGGAGUCCCCCCGAUCUGUUAAGUCCAUCAAAUUUAUAACCAUUCAAACUUGAAUAUAUCACCCACUAUCAUGAAUGUAGCCGUCGUGCAAUAUGGCUUUAACUGACUACUACACAUUUAUGUUCACACACUGUAAAUGCUGUCUUAUGUGUAAAGGAUCAAAAAACCAAGGCUUUACUGAAUGUAUACAGAAAAAUAUAUUAUUUUUACUUUAUUUAAAAAAAAUAUUGGUUACACUGUGUUUCAUUGACCCAUUAAACACAUUGAAUACCAAUUUAGGAAAUUCUUGAUGCCAGUGGACCAUUUUUCUCUUCUUAUAUUAAGGAAUCUGUUCAUGAAAUGAUACAUUGCAGUGAAUAUGUCAUCAGCUUGUCUGACAAACUUGUUAAUUCACAACUGACAAUCCCAUUGCAGAUAAAAAAAAUGUUGCCACCAACGUACGUCUCAAUGUUGCAAUCACUUAUAGUACACUGAUGGUGAUUGGCUGUUAUAUUUAAUAUAGACUAUAGACUAUAUUUAACUAUAGAUUCAGUUCCACCAUAUGGCCAUAUUGUGUUAAGCCUACCACUACUUCAUAUUACCCGAAUAUCGGUGGGUCCUACACUAAUUCCAACAUGGGAGACAAACUAAAACGUGUUAGUGCCAAAUGAACUAAAGUGUAUUUUAAUAAUCUGUUAUUAGGGCAUUGUAAAUAUAUAUAUAAUGAAAAAUGUGAUAGAGCACAAUUAA